UCUCUUUUCCUUUUCAGUCCAGCCUAGUGCCACUCUUCAUUUCCAGUUCCCGCCCCUCGCCCAGUCCCGCCCCCUCACCCUCCCAGAAUUAGGACUUUCUAAUUUCUGUGGCCCUGCCUCUUCUUAAGAUCCGCCCUGCCCCGUCCAAACAAUGUUAGGAUCACAACCCGGCAGUCUCCAUCUGCCCCACUCCAUCAGGUACUGCUUGCCGGCGCUUUAGGCCCGUCUCCAUCCAAUUCGGACGGCCAUCCGCCUUGUGGCCCAACCCCUGCCUCCGCCAGUCUCGGUCAGGCCCCUUUAAAUAGCUUGGACAAGUCCUAUUCCUCUAUCCACCCCGCUCCUUUUUUUAGUUAAAUCAGAUAUCUUUCUCACAUCUAGCCCCGCCUCCUCUGUUCUAGUACGGCCAAACCAGGCAACUUUCGCGUCCCAUCCAGCCCCUUUAACGCCUCGCUCGGCCCCGCCCCUUAUCUCAGAAAGACCCAAUCGGUGUGUCGCAUGUGCGGCCCCGCCCCGCCCAGCUAGGCAGUGUUGGAGUCUGGGUCCUUUUCCCAGUUUCAGCCCCGCCCCCAUCCCUUCCAAGGCCAAUCAAUUCAGUUCCUCCCUCCCUUAGGCCCCGCCCCUUUCCUCCAUCACCUCCUCUCACCCAGUCACAUCUGUCUCUCCCCCGUGGCUCCGCCCCCACAGCGCCCCGCCCCUGCCGCUCCGCCCCCCAUCCAAUGCUGAGCUCAGUCUGCGUCUCGUCCUUCCGCGGGCGCCAGGGGGCUAGCAAACAGCAGCCGGCGCCGCCGCCGCAGCCGUCCGAGUCCCCAUCACCGCUGCCCUCGCCGCCGCCGCCACCGCCGCUGCUGCAGCAGCAGCAACCUGCACGGCCCGGCCCCGCCGCGUCCCCGGCGGGCCCCCCGGCACCCCGCGGGCCCGGGGGCCGGCGCGCCGAGCCAUGCCCCGGGCUGCCGGCGGCGGCCAUGGGGCGGCACGGCGGCGGCGGUGGCGACAGUGGCAAGAUCGUGAUCAACGUGGGCGGCGUGCGCCAUGAGACGUACCGCUCGACGCUGCGCACCCUGCCGGGGACGCGGCUGGCUGGCCUGACGGAGCCCGAGGCGGCGGCGCGUUUCGACUACGACCCGGGCGCCGAUGAGUUCUUCUUUGACCGGCAUCCGGGUGUCUUCGCCUACGUGCUUAACUACUACCGUACGGGCAAGCUGCACUGCCCGGCCGACGUGUGCGGGCCGCUCUUCGAGGAGGAGCUGGGCUUUUGGGGCAUCGACGAGACCGACGUGGAGGCCUGCUGCUGGAUGACCUACCGGCAGCACCGGGACGCCGAGGAAGCGCUCGACUCCUUCGAGGCACCCGACCCUUCGGGCGCCGCCAACGCUGCCAACGCCGCGGGCGCCCACGACGCGGGUCUGGACGACGAGGCGGGCGCGGGCGGCGGCGGCCUGGACGGCGCCGGCGGCGAGCUCAAGCGCCUCUGCUUCCAGGACGCGGGCGGCGGCGCCGGGGGCCCGCCAGGGGGCGCGGGCGGCGCGGGCGGCACGUGGUGGCGCCGCUGGCAGCCCCGGGUGUGGGCGCUCUUCGAAGACCCCUACUCGUCGCGGGCCGCCCGGUAUGUGGCCUUUGCCUCCCUCUUCUUCAUCCUCAUCUCCAUCACCACCUUCUGCCUGGAGACCCAUGAGGGCUUCAUCCACAUCAGUAACAAGACAGUGACACAAGCCUCCCCGAUCCCUGGGGCUCCGCCGGAGAAUGUCACCAAUGUGGAGGUGGAGACGGAGCCCUUCCUGACCUACGUGGAGGGCGUGUGCGUGGUCUGGUUCACCUUUGAGUUUCUCAUGCGCAUCACCUUCUGCCCAGACAAGGUGGAAUUUCUCAAGAGCAGCCUCAACAUCAUUGACUGUGUGGCCAUCCUGCCCUUCUAUCUGGAGGUGGGGCUCUCAGGCCUCAGCUCCAAGGCCGCCAAAGACGUGCUGGGCUUCCUGCGGGUCGUCCGCUUCGUCCGGAUCCUGCGGAUCUUCAAGCUCACACGGCACUUCGUGGGGCUGCGCGUGCUCGGCCACACUCUCCGCGCCAGCACCAACGAGUUCCUGCUGCUCAUCAUUUUCCUGGCCCUGGGUGUGCUCAUUUUCGCCACCAUGAUCUACUACGCCGAGCGCAUUGGCGCUGACCCCAACGACAUCCUGGGCUCCAACCACACCUACUUCAAGAAUAUCCCCAUCGGCUUCUGGUGGGCUGUGGUCACCAUGACAACCCUGGGCUACGGAGACAUGUACCCCAAGACGUGGUCGGGGAUGCUGGUCGGGGCGCUGUGUGCCCUGGCCGGGGUGCUCACCAUCGCCAUGCCGGUGCCCGUCAUUGUGAACAACUUCGGCAUGUACUAUUCGCUGGCCAUGGCCAAACAGAAGCUGCCCAAGAAGAAGAACAAACACAUUCCCCGGCCCCCGCAGCCUGGCUCGCCCAACUAUUGCAAGCCCGACCCGCCCCCACCACCCCCCCUCCCUCCUCACCAUGGCAGCGGCGGAAUCAGCCCCCCACCUCCCAUCACCCCGCCCUCCAUGGGGGUGACUGUGGCCGGGGCUUACCCGCCGGGCCCCCACACGCACCCCGGGCUGCUCAGGGGGGGAGCGGGUGGGCUCGGAAUCAUGGGGCUGCCUCCUCUGCCGGCCCCUGGGGAGCCCUGCCCAUUGGCUCAGGAGGAAGUGGUUGAGAUCAACCGGGCAGAUCCCCGCCCCAAUGGGGACCCUGCAGCUGCUGCGCUUGCCCAUGAGGACUGCCCGGCCAUUGACCAACCCGCCAUGUCCCCGGAAGACAAGAGUCCCAUCACCCCUGGGAGCCGGGGCCGCUACGGCCGGGACCGAGCCUGCUUCCUCCUCACCGACUACGCCCCAUCCCCUGAUGGCUCCAUCCGGAAAGGUUACGAGAAAUCCCGCAGCCUGAGCAGCAUCGCGGGCCUGAGCGGGGUGUCCCUGCGCCUCGCCCCCCUUGCCACUCCCCCCGGCUCCCCCAGGGCCGCCCGCCGCGCUCCCCCAACCCUGCCCUCCAUCCUCUAGCGCUCCCCUCCCCCCCGUGGGGGGACUCGGGGGUGACAGGGAAGAAGGUCAAAGGAGCUGGGGGUGGGGGGUGGGGGAAAGGGUUUUUUUACAAAAACAAAAACAAAAAAAGUCAUUAAUAAUAUGCAACGGAGACGACGACGCCAGCAGACACCCCCGGGCCCCUCACCCAGACCUGGGCCCCCAAGAUGGAGGGGGAGGAGCCAAAACCCAUUCCCCCAACUCUGCCCCUCCUUAAAAAAAAGCCUUCUCAGGUCUCCAGAGCCAUAGGAAACCCCCGCCCCCCCCCCAUCAACUCGUGUAAAUACGUCCAAAUUAUGCCAAUCACAUUUUGGGUCGCCUCCCCCCAACUCUGCAUGCUUCCUCCAACCUGGACCCCCGCCCUCUCCAACUCCACCUCAGCAAUAAGCCGCGGGGGGCUGCAUGCCGCGAGCGAGGGAAGGGACAUUCUGGGAAGCGGGUGGGGACCUUCAAGGGGGUCGGGCUGGCCUUUAAGCCACACCACAGGAGGGUCUCCUAGCCUCCUACCCUUCACCCCAGGGGGGCAACCCAUCACGCACUGAUUUUUUUAAAAAAUUAGCAGCAUUGUGGGGGAAGGAGGAACAGUCACCCAAGCCAAAAACGGGAACUGAGCUCAGAUGGUAGAAGCGGAGGCAUGAAGGAGGGGUGGGGAGGGCCUGCGGACAGCUGCUCCCUCAGCCUUUAGGAGCAUCCCGCUGGUGAAUUUCACUCUUUCUUCCGCCUCUCCUACCCACCCACCGCCCCCAACCCCAGGGAUCUGCUCGCCUCUAUUGCUGCAUGGACUCAGACCUCCCAUCCCGGUAUUCCUGGGAUGUUCUGGCCCUAGCACACUAAAUUCCGCAACACCCCCUCCAGAUUCCCAGGACAUGAGACCUGCCCUCAGAAUUCCUGAGGCCGAUUCUGGCACGCAUCUUCCAAAUCCCAGCACGCUCCUGGGACUUAACCUCUCUGCACACAGAUGCUACCCGCCCCCCCAAGUCCCCCCUCCCCUCAGUCCUAACCCCUGGGCUGCAUCCCAGCACAUCUCAAACCUCCAAGACUUGACCCAGCCCUUGAACUCACGUUCAGCCUUUGGGAUGCUCCAAUUUUUGCCACACUCUGAACACUUCCUGGACACCCUAAACCUGACAUCAGACAUCCAGCUCAGGUUCCCCUGACGCUAGAAUUUUCAAGAUAGGCUCAACCUGUCUGCAAUUCCAGGGAACCAGAUCUUUCCGGGACACCCCCCUUCUUAUGGAGAUAACCCUGUCCCCUCCAAGAUCCCCUUUCUUUAAAUGGUGUCCCAAAGGCACCUUCAUAGACGCCAAUGUUUCCCAGAGGGUCAUAUUUGCACCCCUGGCGAUGUGCUAAGGUUUUAAGCAGUACAAGGACAAACACUUUUUGUCUUUCCUGGCAUUUUGCAUAUAAGCCUGUAAGUCCAGAUACUGCUGCUUGGCCAGGACAUCGUUUAUUUAGGUUAGAGGUGUCUACAUUUAAAAUGUAGAGGCUGUUCCCGAGUGGAGGAACGCUGGAAUAUCAGAAGCUUGGGAAACAGACAUAUCCACCCGGGCUGGGGUUCCAGCUAGCCCCUCCCCCGCGUUCCUCAACCCCCGACGCUCGCGGGUGGAAAAUCAUUUCUUACAUCCCAUCCUGGCUCAAGGAUGCGCUACCUCCCCCAUGCCCAGAGACCACACCGGUCCCAGAGUCCUUAGGGGACUCCUCUUUUUGGAGUUGGGGGCCCACGGAAUUAGCAACCUCCCUCCCUCUGCUCCCACCGGCCUCAGGAACACCCCCCACCCGAGGGUUGGGGGGACGUCACUGAGCACGAUUCUCGAUGCAACGAUUCCUAUGCAAGGGGCAUUUUGAGUCCCCCCAUUCUGCCCUCGGACCCUGAACCCUGGCGAACCAGGGGCGAGGGGUGGGGCGGGUUCUGGUGGGAGCGGGGUGGGGCGGGGUAAAGGGCUAGAGGCUUCAGACACCAGGGUAUGGGGUUGAAGACUGAUUAUAUUGCCAAAGGGUUUAACUUCUUAAAACCCCAGAUACCCCUGACCCUCACGGAAGCCGAAAGGUGCGGGGAAAGGGGGUGAGGAUUUUUCUAAAGGGUACGGACUUCUUCCCAACGUCUACCCUCUCCCCCCUCCGGCUCGCCAAUCUGCCACACGUACCCAGCUUUUUAGUUCAGCUUUUGAAAAUAACCACAAUCAUUACAAACCUCUACAAACGUUAUUCUCGUUCCCUGUCCCCCAAGUCAACAGUGUGGGAGUCGGGGAGGGAGAGAGAGAGCUAAAGGGACAAUUUCCAAGUCCCGCGCCCCUUUUCCCUCCGGCCGCCAGGGUGCCUGCAACUACACGCAUGCGCUGCAUGAUGCGCUCCCCACACGCAUGUCGCGCCCCUCCUGCGCUCCGGGAACGCACCGACACGGGGCAGGGGGCAGGGUGAUUGGGGAGGAAUGAACGUCCGGGGUCUUUCUGAACACAGCGGCUCCUCCCCAACACGCACACAGCAAUAAGUUUCUCACUCAAAAGUGGGCGGGGCGGGCCUGGCCUGUCGUUGGGGUGGGGGGGGAGUGGCAAGGGGGCGCUCUCAGGGAUGGGGGAGGGUGUCCGGAGUCAGUCUGGGGAGGGGAGGUCUGCAAAUCGUCCAACUCUGGUGCUAAUGGCGGGUCUUCUCAACCCACCCCCAGGGCAGGGAGGGAGGGGUCGGCGUGGCCCCUCCCCCAAGCCUCCCCCACGCCCACCCUGGGUGCAUGAACCGCCCUUGCAGAAGCUGCCGCAUGUCACCCCCCCUCCCAAAGAAAAAGUGUCAUGCCCCACCCUUCCCACCCACCCUGUCACUCCCCACCAAAAUAAAAGUUUCCUUUUCAUUUAAAAGUUU